UAGUCUUCGAAGAGGUCUUCUACUUCUACUCCUCCUACGCCUUCGACCCCUUUUACCUUACAUCGUCUAGUUCGAUUUCAGGCACAGAAGCAGAAAUACCUACUUUUUCCUCUGUUAGUCUGUAUCUGGCUCAAAGGCGCCAUCAUCGUCGUGUCGUCACUGGCUAGGAAGCCUCUCACGAAAAUGAAUAUCAUCUACUCGACUGUCAACACGAUCCGUGACAAGUACACCCCUGUGAGUCAUACUUCCACCUUUCGAAAGACGGGCCAGAUCACUCCCGAGGAGUUCCUAGCGGCCGGCGACUAUCUCGUCUUCAAGUUUCCAACUUGGUCCUGGGCAGACGCGGAUUCGGAGUCGAAGCGUGUUAGCUACCUACCCCCCGGAAAGCAGUUUCUAGUCACUCGAAACGUUCCAUGCAACCGUCGCCUCGAUGAAGAUUUUGCUGGGGAUGCCGGGCAUGAGGAAGCUGUCGUUGGCGACGGCGACGAUUUUAAUACCAAAGGUCGCGCGGAUGAUGACGGGUGGUUGCGCACUGGUGGUCUAAGCAGUUCUCAACCGCUCAAAGCAAAAGAUGUUCGAACCGUCGACGAUGCGGGGAAUGUAGGAGACAGUAUAGACGACGAGGAUGAGAUUCCGGACAUGGAAGACGAUGACGACGAUGAAGCCAUCAUCCGAGAUACUGAUCCGCAUAAGAAGACGGGGGCUCGCCGCACGUACACCCUCUACAUCAUGUAUUCUCCUUACUACCGAACGCCCCGUCUCUACCUCUCUGGUUACUCCGAAGGACAGCCCCUUGCUCCUCAUCUUAUGAUGGAGGACAUCGUUGGAGACUACAAGGACAAGACAGUCACGUUGGAAGACUUCCCUUUCUUUGCCAACAACGUCAAGAUGGCUAGCGUGCACCCCUGCAAACACGCGUCAGUUAUGAAGACUCUUCUGGAUCGCGCGGACGCAGCACUCAAGAUUAGGCGUGACAAGAUGAAGUCGGGGAAAAUAGUAGGCAACGACCCUGGCAUGGAAGGCCUCGUAGAUGAGAUCAACAAAUUAGAUGUGAAGAGCGCCGAGGCCGCCGCUGAGUCGAGCAAUGACGACUGGGAGGAGGUCGAAGUCGAAGAUCAAGAGGUGGCUAUCCGAGUAGACCAAUACCUUGUUGUGUUCCUCAAGUUCAUGGCUAGCGUAACCCCUGGCAUCGAGCAUGAUUUCACUAUGGGCGUGUAGCCUGUCGAUAUUGCAGCAUUUAUCUAGAGUGAACAGGCUUCUUAAUUGUUAGUGUUCUCAUGGCGGCGUUCGGGAUUUGGAUGCGG